AUGACGGACAGCAAAGUGGGCUACGUUUCAAUAUCAAAUCUCCUCAAAAGACUUUCAACAUUGGAGGCGGCGAGGAAAGUCAGUGCGAAUGAGAUUGCUGCAGCAGUCGCUCUCAUAUUCACCAACAGUCUCUCGCCAGUCCAAUUCGGAGUCUUACUGUGGGCACUUCACACGACGAAUUUGGAUCAUCAAGCGGAGGUUCUGGCUGCUUGUGCCUUGUCGAUGAGAGAUGCUGCUGCGCAGAUUGACGAGACGGCUUUGGAGAAUGUGUUGAAGCAGAGGCGGAAGCCUGAGGGGCGAUAUGCUGGCAAUUUGUGCGAUAUUGUAGGAACUGGCGGUGACGGACAUAACACAUUCAACGUUUCUACAACCUCAUCAAUCAUUGCAUCGGCUCUGCUCAUGAUGGCCAAACACGGCAACAACUCUUCGACUUCCCUCUCAGGAUCCGCGGAUUUGUUACAGCACGCUCCAAAGCCACCCAUCAUAGCUGCUACUACCGCUGCGAAUUUGCCUCAGAUCUACGAGAAGUCGAACUACGCCUUCUUAUAUGCACGGGAAUGGCAUCCAGGAAUGAAACACAGCGCCAGCGUCCGACGAGAGGUCCCCGUCCGAACGAUCUUUAACUUGCUAGGACCGCUGGCAAACCCUGUGCAUGACUCUGGUCUUGUGGAAUGCCGCAUCCUUGGUGUUGCGAGGAAAGACAUUGGGCAGAACUUUGCCGAUGCGCUUCGUCUCAGCGGGUCCAAAAAGGCACUGAUUGUAUGCGGAGACGAGAACCUGGACGAGAUCUCUUGCGCGGGAAUGACCCACUGCUGGUACAUUCACGAAACGCAUGCAACUCACGGAGAAGGAUCGAAGCCAGUCGAGAUCACGAAGUUCACCCUCUCUCCCGAGGACUUUGGCCUGCCGCGGCACACACUGGAUGAAGUGCACGGCGGCAAAGGCCCAGCCGAGAACGCAGAGAUCCUCAUGCAGAUUCUUCGAAAUGAGAGACCGGAUGACGAUCCAGUCCUUCAUUUCGUACUGCUGAACACGGCGGCUUUAAUCACAGUCAGCGGCAUCUGCGAAGUUGACGAGAGCAGUAUGGGCCACGGCGACGAUGGCAAGGUUGUUCAAGAGAGAGGUCCAGGCGGUCUGCGCUGGAAGGAAGGCCUUCGCAGAGCCAUUUGGUGCGUGAAGAGCGGCGAGGCGCUCCGACAAUGGGAGGCAUUCGUCGAGGUCACAAACUCGGUGCCAACGUAG